AUGGCCAACGCCACUGCCCAAUCACCCACCUUUUUCAGCCUAAUCGCCACCAUGGAUGACUUAUUAACAGAAGGACCCGAACCCGAUUCAAAGGUUGUGGGUCGAGCUAGUGGUCUCUUCGGGUCAUCUUCACUGCAAGAAGUAGGGCUACACAUGACGUUCAAUAUUGUUUUCACAGAGGGAAAGUAUAAUGGCAGUAUGCUAACUGUAAGUGGGUACAAUCCGUUCAAUAAUCGGUAUCGGGAACUGCCGAUAGUUGGCGGGUGUGGUGUUUUCCGACUGGCUUACGGUGUCACCACCCUAAAAAAUGUUUGGUAUAAUGAUACCUCCGAUGAUGCUAUUGUUGAGUACCAUGUCGUGGAAUCUGAUUCCACUGUCUCUACUAAAAAGGAGGAAUUCGAUGCAAAACCCGAAUAUGAGAAAAGCGAGGCGGAAAUGGAUAUUGAAGUUGAAAUGAAGCCGGACGAAGAAAAUGAAAAUGAAAAUGAAAUUAAAGAAAAGAUGAUCGAUGAUUUAAUGGAACGGAAGAAGCGGAAGGUGAAGCUCCAGAUGAUAUUGUUCGAGAAAUUGAUGUGUAUUUUGCUCCUUCUAUUGAUCCUAAUACUAGGGUAA